AUGGUUUCUCUACCCUUGUCUUUCCUGAGUUUGGCUUGGGCGUCUACUGUUGAUUAUGGGGUACUUCACAGUGACAGACAUUUCAGAGUGAAAGAUAAAGUUUUAAUUUUUUCAACGCACUUAUUUAUUUUAAGCAUUCGACUCUUUGCAGUUGCUUUGUUCACUGUAAGCUACAAGUGGUGGGUUAUCAGUGUUUUGAUUCUUCACUGUACGGUGAUAACGAUAUGUGACAGAGCUUGGCUUUGCAGAGGACGAGGCCGCAACGAAUGGGAACAGCUGUGGGAAGUCUUCAAGUCGUUUUUUUACUGGUUUCAUCGCGGCUACGAGAUGAUUUUUCAAUACAAGCAAAUUACGUCGAAGAAGAAAACAAAAAGGAAUAUUUAA